GGAAACACUCAAUUAGACCUCUCUCUGCUGAUUUAAAUUUCCAUGGUGCAUGUGGUAGUGGGCCAGACUCCUCCUGGUUUUAAGCACCACAUACAAAUCUUCCCUGUUCAAUUAGAGCAAACCUAUGCUGCCAGCUACUACCACCAACUGCCACAUCAGCAAGGACUAAACCUGGCCGGAGGAGCUUCUGAUCAGGAAAUCAGAGUUUCUAGGGUCUGGAAGAGUCAAUAUGUUGGAUCAGAUUCAUCUGCUGGCUGCCGUGACAGUCCUGGGAGUCCUGGAGCAAGCCUACUUCUUCCUCCAGGUGAUCUAUGCUAGGAGGGUGUUUGGCAUUUCUCCUCCGAAGAUCUCAGGCCCACCUGAAUUUGAGAGGAUCUUUCGAGCACAGGUGAACUCCUCCGAAUAUUUUCCCAUUUUCCUGGCACUUCUGUGGCAGGCUGGACUCUUCUUCCAUCAAGGUCUGGCUGCAGCCUUGGGUCUGCUCUAUCUCUAUGCCCGCUACUGCUACUUUAUGGGAUACAGGGCAUCGUCCUCAGAAAGGCUCCUGCUUUCCCACCAGGCUUGCCCCGAUAUACUUUAGCACUGGAGUUCUCUGGAUUCUCAUUGCUGCAUCAGCCCUGGGCAUCCUGCAUUUCUUCCUCUCUCACUACAUGGGGCUGAACAUCCUUCAGCUUCUCACAGUGUGAGCUGCUCCUCUGUCCCUCAUCGGUGUCCUCGCCAUCGAGUCCUGCUCCCUCCUGCCCAUGGAAACAGACUGGCUGUACCUAAUACAGCACAUGCAACAAAUCCACCCUUACCUGAGCUUUUAACACCUCCCUCCCUGCUGCCAAGCACUGGCAUGAAUUGCUGAGCUCUUCAGGAGGUAUUUUCCCCCCACGGCACUCUUUGUGCCAAGUGCUCCAUAUCUGGCAGCUCCAUCAUGCCUGUUGUGGAAACAACAAUGCUCCAAAACAAGGAGAAUUUUAGGAAAACUGGACACAUAAAAGCAAACUCAUCUCAGCCUGAGCUUCCCAGUGAGCUGCCCCAGGGAACUGCCAUGUGUUACACUUCCUCCAGCAGCUCUGCCUUCAGCCCAGGCACCGAAUGCAGGUUCAUGCCAGUUUUCCAAGGCCCACACCUAAGAAAGGCAUUUGUUUGAAACCAGAUGUGGGCUGAGGCAAGGGAUAAACAGCCACCAACGUGUUGUGCAAAAGUCUGUUAGUGUCCUCGUAAUGGUUAUUAGCCAUUGCCCAUGGGUGAUACAGUAAAUCAGACUGUGCAAAACUUAUAAUCACUACUGCAUGUAUAACUUUGAGAGCUGCUGAGCGACAACGUACACAAAUAAAAAGGCACUGAGCUUGCUGUG